AAAGCUUUCAAAAAGGUCAUUCCCCACUUCCUGGAAAUCCACACCUUGCAGAACGCCCAUCUCGCAAUGGCAACCUCGGAGAAGAAGAAAGAGAGGCCGAGUGCUCUGAGAUCCAUUAUUGCGGGGAGUACGGCUGGUGCGGUGGAAAUUGCUAUUACUUAUCCUGCUGAGUUUGCAAAGACCAGAACGCAAUUAAACCGCAACCUCGCGGACUCGGCGAAGCUUCCCUGGCCGCCGUUUGGGAAGGCGUGGUAUGCGGGCUGCACGACGCUGAUUAUUGGGAAUUCGCUGAAGGCUGGGAUUCGAUUCGUGGCGUUCGAUCAGUAUAAAGCGCUGUUGCAAGAUGCGGAUGGGAAGAUCUCGGGGCCUAGGACGGUGAUUGCUGGGUUUGGGGCCGGGGUUACGGAGUCGUUACUGGCUGUUACGCCGUUUGAGAGUAUUAAGACGACUUUGAUCGAUGACCGAAAAUCGGGCAAGCCACGAAUGCGAGGGUUUCUUCAUGCGGUUCCGAUUAUAGCUCGAGAACGAGGACUCCGCGGUUUCUUCCAGGGUUUUGUGCCUACGACUGCGAGACAGGCAGCUAAUUCCGCUACGAGAUUCGGAUCUUAUACUUUCCUUCGACAGUUGGCACAAUCGUAUACUGCGCCGGGGGAAAAGCUAGGAACGCUGUCUACGUUUGGGAUUGGGGGUGUUGCGGGACUCAUCACGGUUUAUGUGACGCAACCGCUGGAUACGGUGAAGACGCGGAUGCAGAGUAUUGAGGCUAGGCAUCUUUACAAGAAUAGCUUUGCUUGUGCGGCGCUGAUAGCGAAGAAUGAGGGGAUAUUGACGUUCUGGAGUGGUGCGUUGCCGAGGUUGGUGAGGUUGAUGCUUAGUGGGGGGAUUGUAUUCACGAUGUAUGAGAAGAGUAUUGAGUUGAUGGAUAGGUUGGAUCCGGAGAAGAAGUACAUAUGAUCGCUCUGGGGCUGGGGAUUGGGAUAUGCAUAGAGAUAUGGGUGCAUACAGCAUGGAGUUUCGGAGUUGAGAGAUAGGGACCAAUAGAGUCUAGUUGUUUUACACUUCUUCAAUUUGUCUGCCUGGACGCCGG